UUCAAUAUGGCGGUCGCGGGUUUCAACGUCUGAACGGAUGGAGGAGAUAAAAUUCAGAGUAACCCAUUGGUUGCGUUUCACGUUUGAUUUAUUUCUUUAUGUAUUUAUUUUUGCAAUGUCUGCCAGACGUUUGUUCUAACUAAAGGACAUGGUAAAAAUAGAAGACAUACCCAGCAUGGCAGACGGCUGGAAGCGAGUGUUUGAGAGCACCCGGAUGGUUCCCCCGCACAGCCAAACCGUCAGACUGGCUGUGGAAAGCCGCUUCACGCAGUCCCAGGGCUUCCAGCUCAGCCUCAACCGUGUCACCGCAGCUCACCUCCCACAGGAGAGCUCAGCAGGUGAACAAAAUGUAACCUACCAGCUGCGGGCGACGCUGUUUGAUAUAAAUCAUCAGCACUUCUUUGGGAAAACAUGGAAGAGCUCACCUCAGACGAUGAAAAACAACAAGAUUGCUUUCAAUGAGGUACUGUACGUCCACACGUCUUUGACAUUGCCCAGCACACUGGUGGUUCUGGAGCUGGUGUCGUUGUCACCCAGACCAGACGGCUCUCAUCAGGCUCUGGGGCGUGGCUUCACUGUCCUGGAGCUUUUCACCAACAGGCCAGAGGCCUCAGCUGCUGAUGGGGAGAGAAGGCUGAAUCUACACCACGGAUCACCAAGGGCCCUGCUCCACCCUCUGCUGAAGGACACUGUUGACUAUCACAGUAUCUUGAGGAUUAUUGAAGGAGCACAUUUGGUGUGUGUGCUAAAAAUCCAUCCUGCGCUAGAUUCUGUAUUGAACCUCCUUCCAGAAAAUGUCCUUGUAUCUGGGGAUGAGAACAUUCCUGGACUGGCAGCUUCUCCAACAGGAGAUGCUCUGCUGAGGCCUCAGAUGCUCAAAACGCUGCCCUUCACUCUGAACAGACUUACCAUCUCCCUUCAGCCAUCUCUGGAGAAGUUUGAGAGCCAGCUGCUGCAGCUGAUCAAUGCUGACUGCCAGAACACAAUACAGCCAGGAUCAGAGGGUGUAAUAAGGACAGUAGUCAUCCAGGAAAGAAGGCUCCAUGUUGGAGUCCACAAUGGCUGGUGUUUCCUUGAGAAGCCUCAAGUGGUAGUACUAGAGGCCUUUCCUCCAGGACUCAGAGGACGAGCAGACAGUACUUCCAAACAGAGCACCCUGGUUAAGGACAGCUCAACAGCAUCUUCCCUGCCUCAGAUGCUCGGCCUUCGCAGCAGCCUAGAGCUCAGACUGACCAAUCAUCAGGCUCUGGCAAUUGUCUUUCAGCUAGAGUAUGUCUUCUCUACUCCAAUAGGCCGAGAGACUAUGCUUUCUGCUACCUCUAUUUCCCGAGCUGCCUUCUUGCACUGCCUUCGUUGGGGGAUUUGGUGUCCCUUCCGGGAGCCAGCUGAGUGGAAGGGGGAAGAGAUACAGCUUGUACUGCAAGGAGGUGCAAAGCCAAACCCUCAUGGAGCCAUGGUCUACAGCACAGAGGUGUCUGCCAAAGCUCAGAGCCCUGCACCAAUCUCAGCUCCAGGCACAGCUCAGGAGGUCUCAGAAGCGAAGGAUAUGAUCAAAUUCUGGCUGUCAUCCAGCUCGGAAAGGAAGGCAUCCAGCCCAAAGCCAUCCCUGAGGACAAAACAGGAAGAUGCGCCUCGUCAGAGAAGCUCACCUUCAUCACCUUCACAGGGUCAGAAACGCAUUCAGCCAGCUUUUGCUCCAGAAUCUCCUCAAGGCCCUGGGCUCUCACUGUCUCAGCUGGCAGCUACUUCACGCUACCCGACCAUCAGCCACUCCAGCUCGGCGUUACCGUGGCAACAGUCAUUUCCUUCUCUGCUCCAUCCUUCCCCAUUGGCAUCGGCCCACCAGCUGUCACAUGUCGCCUGCUCAGCUGUCAGCAGCAUUGCCCACCUGGAGAUGGACCUUCAGCGAGAAAGAGGGGAGUCACCUUCGUGUCAUGAUGAAGGAGACCAACUUCAGGAGCUGCCCUUCACCCCCGUCCAUGCCCCUGUCAUUACUCUGGGGAUGAAUGUGCCUAGCGCCUGCUCAGUCAGCUCCAGAAGCUCACUGGCCCUCCUCUACUCUGCUGGUUUCCCUGACAUUGUGGACUGUAGCGGUCAGGUGGCAGAAGUCCUGGAUCCCACAGAACCCCUUCCCUUUGAUCCCAAGCGAGAAGAGGCCGACUUACAGGGAAACCUGCUGGUGUUCCAGUUUCUGGCAUUUACCAGAAUAGCAGCACCGGGUGUCGGUCCUGACUGGCCUGACAACAUCUACUUCACCUUCCAGUUCUAUCGCUUUCCGCCAGUCACAUCACAGCGGCUCAAGCUGCUGACCAAUGACAAGCUUCAGCACAAAGCUAGUGAUCCACUUCCCUGUGUCCUGGCCUCCAUUCACAAAGACGGCACUGUUAACACUGGCUCUCCAGGUCUGCAGCUGCAGUUCAGAGUAGAUGACAGUUUCCUCAGGCCGGGAGAGAAGCGCUGGUUUCUUCGCUAUCUGGCCCUCCACACCAUGCACAUUGACAUCUGGGACAGUGACUCCUUGCUCCUCAUAGGUUCUACUGCUAUUGAGCUUAAGUACAUGUUGCGUCAGGGUAGAUCAGCAGUACAGGCACUUCAUGAGGUGGAGGUACUGACCACUGAUUACGUGGGAGAGGACACCUUACUGACAAGCCCGGAUCUGGGUCGACGCUCUGCCUCCAGCCCCAUGACAGUUCACACCAUCGUCAGAGGCCGCCUUCAUAUACGCACAGGCAACAUCGGGUGCCCAGUAGACCCCAGCGGAAAGAGGGCAGCAGAUGUGAUGCAGUCUUAUUCUCAUAUCAUCACACCUCGUGAAGUCACCAGUGGCUUCAGAGGAGGAAGUCUGUCCACCAGGAACAUCCUCCAGCUCAAUGCGAGGAACACUGCACCGGCAGACAGACUGCAGAUAAAUGAGGAUCGGAUGCCAUUGUUCAGACGUGGGAUCAGAGCUGACAAAAUCGUGCCCAAAGAGCACAACCUAAACGAACCCGACGAUGGGCACCGAAAGCUGAAGUGCAUGGCUGCCGUGCACGAGCGGGAGGCCAGGGAAGAUGCUAAAGCGGCAAAGGUUACGGGUCGGUCUACAGGAGCCCAGUUGGCCAAUCCCAGUGAAACCAAGAGCAAAGCAGAGGGUAUCGCCAGCAUGCUGAGCCAGGCCAUCACCACCCAGCACCUGCUCUACGCCAGCCUCGGCUCUGCUGAGUACAUGGAGUUUGCCCUUAAGAAUCCCUUUAAUGUGCCACAGACGGUCACCAUUGACAGUGAUGACCCCGAACUAAGUGUCAUCACAAACACUGAGGAAUGGCGUUACUUCAAAGCAUUAACCAGAACCCCUACACCGCUGGAGGAGAACAUGUUCCACUUGGAGCAGGGUGCUCCAGGUCCCAGGGUUUAUCUCAGGCCCAAAGAGACCAUCCAUGUUCCUCUGAAAUACCAGAGCUUCCUCUGCGACCACACUAUGACCCUUCAGGGACCAAGCCUGAUGGCUACAGCCAGAGGUUCUCAGGUGGCCAAGAAGAAUCUGUCCAAUAUUAUUGCUGCCAAAACUAUCAAGGUUACAUUCAGAGCAGAAGAUGGCAAGCCCAUGGCCAUCUGCCAAGUGAAUGUGGAGCCAACACCCCAUGUCGUUGACCAGACUUUCCGACUUUACCACCCUGAACUCUGUUUCCUUAAAAAGGCCAUCCGCCUGCCAGUCUGGCAUGACCCCGCAGCUGGCAACCCAGAUGCCUGGAGUCAGAUUUCUGUGCGCUGCAGUGACCCUAACAUCAUCUGCCAAACAAGGAUGCUGGCACCAGGAGAGCCUCAAGAUGUGUACUUGAAAGUGCCAGGAAGUCCCAGUCCACAGAUAAAAAUGUUCUUUGUAAUGGUUUUCACUGAGAAGUGGACAGCAGCGCCCUCCCAGAUCUGGCAGAUUUAUGUGCAUUUCCUGGAGCGGGUGGACGUCAGCUGUGUGACUGGCCAGCGAAGUUGUCAAUCUGUAGUUCUGAGGGGAACGCAGGCGGUUCGCAAGGUCAAAUGUUUUUCAUCGCACCCUGGAGAGACUGAGGUGGACCCGACAGGUGUAUUUGUUUUGCCUCCUGCAGCAGUGCAGGAGCUCCAACUGAAGGUGCAGCCAUGGCACGCUGGCACCCGCUUCCUGUAUGUGAAUGCGGUAGAUGUGGAGCAGCAACGACUGGUCACUGCCUGGCUGCUCUGUCUCAAUGUCCACCGUCCUGUGCUGUCCAAGGCUUUUGAAGUAAGUGUCCCAAUUGGUGGUGGACGUGGCAGCUCCAGAAAAAUCACCUACACCAAUCCAUACACCAGCAGCCGCACAUUCCUGCUUCGCUCUGACCAUCCAGACUUGCUCCAGUUCAAAGAGGAUAAAUUCCAGAUCGGAGGAGGAGAGAGUUACACCGUCGGACUACGAUUUGCCCCCAGCCAGAGUGCCGGCUCAGUGGAGAUCCUGGUCUAUGUGAACAACCUGGAGGAGAAGACGGAGGAGACUUUCUGUGUGAAAGUCAGCUAUUCUUGAACUCAAAGUGGUUUGAAAACACGUGUAGUAGCUUCAGUGCAAAUGUUGACUGUACUGUACUUUGUAAUAUACGUUCAAAAUAUGAGAAAAAAAAACCCCUCAGGUUUGGCACAAAUGAUUUUCCAGCAUAUUUUGUCACUUUGUAUUAGAUUAUUCUUUAAGAAAAUAAAACUUUGUAUCACUUUA